UGGACACGACAGAGGAAAAGUCACACAAAUCAAUUCUCAUAAAACAAGACCUGUUUGUUCCAAGCAAAGCAACAAAGAAAGGAAGAAAGAAAGAAGCCAAAUAAUAAUGCAGUCCAUGUUAAACAUCCGUGCCACCCAUGGUGUUCCUCUCUGUCUUUCAGGGACAAUCCACCCUCUUCCUCUUUCUCACGAGAUGGCAGAUCAUGAUCGCAGGAGGAAGGCCAUGAGGAGGAAGCAAAGAUCACUCACCAGAUCAGAGGGUACUAUUCAUGCAGUUCAUCAAGAAAUGGGUGGACAAAUUAUUAACUUUGGAAGAGGCUUUGUGGCGGUCAAAGGUACUGGAACUGAUGGAGAUCUGGAAGAUGAGGAUCAUGUCCUGAAUCAUGAUCUGUCACACACUUUAACAGCAAGAGCUGCUUAAUUAGCUUGAAUAAUUGAUCUUCUUCAAAAUCUUAUUGUGGACUUCUUGUCUGGCUUCUUAGUUCUUAUGUAUAUUUUGCUACAUAUGCUCCUAGUUAGUUGCCUCCUCUUACUUUAAUUAUGUUUCCAAUUUUAUUUCCAUGUGGAUCCUCUUCUUGUAUACCUACUCCAGUGAUUACUAUAUAUUAGCACAAUUGCAUCAA